GUCGUCCUUUUCUUUUUUGAGGCUCUUCCCAGCUGUAUAGAGACUACCAAAAGAGCUUGUCAAAGAUGGAGACGGAGCAGCAGCAGCAUCAGCAGCUUCAGGUCGACCUUGGUAAUCUCAUGGCUUUCAACCCUCAUCACCACUUUCCUUCCCUUCCCUCCUCAAGGGAGAAUUUAGUGAAGGAAUGUCUAAAGCAGGGAACUGAGCUAGUUCAGGCUAUUGCGGAUAAUCUUUUCAACUUACCUGCUACUGAAGAUGUGGACGGUCCCAUUGUCAAGUUGCCUCCACCGACUACUAGACUGCCAAGAGAGAAGCAUAUUCCAAAGCCUAAACCACCAACAAAAUGGGAAUUGUUUGCCAAAGCAAGAGGCAUAAAGAACCGGAAGAAGGACAAGAUCGAGUAUGAUGAGCAGACCGGUACUUGGAAACGCCGUUAUGGAUACGAUCAUGCAAAUGAUGAGGAUAAUGUACCUAUCAUUGAAGCAAAGAUGACUGAUGAGCCAGGGGAGGACCCUUUUGCUAAAAGACGGUCAGAGAAAAAGAAACAUGUCGAAAAGCAAGAGAAAAAUAGGUUGCAGAACCUGAAACAAGCAGCCAAAUUUGGUGCUUUGCCAAGCCAUGUUCAACUAGCUGCCACAGCUUUGCCCAUAACAGGAACCCAGGCUAUGCCCAAGAAAGUUUCUAAAGAUGAACUGGGGAAUGUGGCUGGAAUGGCAGCAACUGCAACAGCCAGUGGAGGAAAAUUUGACAAGAAAUUGGCAGGUGAAAAACCUGCUAAACAUAGCAGAAAGUACCGCAAGUUCCUACCAGUUGUAGAAGGAACAGGAAUAGGUAAACAAGAAAAAGAACAAACUGACAAAGUUCUCAACCAGCUUCUCUCUAAAAAUUCCCAUGAGAUACUCAACGUUAAUAAGGCUGUCAACAUGUACAAUGUUAAGAAAGAGAAGAAGAAAAGAAAUAGAGAAGAGAAGUCUUCAGCAACCUCAAGCAAGCUGAAACCAAAGAAGCAAUUUAAGAAGCCAUUAAAGAAAGGUUCUUCAAAGAAAGGAAAGGCCAAAUGAAAUUAAAUAAUAGUAAUAGCUGUUGUAACUUGCAAGCUUGUAGGGUUUUGGGAUGGGUGCUACAAGUUUAUUUAUUUGGAGGGAGAAUCUUUUAUUUUAUUUUAUUAAUUUUUUUUUUUUUGGGUGUACGAUGAUAUUUUUAUUAGGAAAAAAAAGUAUUUUACGCAA